AUGUUCCCAACCUUCACAGGAAACUCGAGGCGUCCUCGGAACGUGAACCUCAGCGGCCAGAACCUCAACCCUUUUGCCGCCACAUCAUGGACCCCAUCCGCAGGAUCUGGCGCUUCAAAGACGGUUUCUAAUGCCCAGGCCGAACGAGCACAAAGACAACAGGAUCGAGACAAGCUCAAAGCUGCCGGCAAGAUCCAAAAGACAUGGAGAGGUCACAGGGCCAGAAGGCGACUUCGAGAUUCCCGCCGGGAAGCAUUCGACGCUCUAUACUCACCAACGUCAAACUGGAACUCGCAGCAGAGACUAUUGACGGCCUUGCCACUUCUGUUGACGACCUUCCAACCCAGCCAUACCGACGACACGCAGCGUCUUCUUCGAUUUUGUCGAGAGCUGAGCACGACCAGUCUCGAGUGCCUUUCCCCCGAUCGAUUACCUCCUUCUAGGCUGGCACGGUUCGUCAGGAUCCUGGUGGAAGCGCUGGAGGCCCAGACGAAGAGAAAAGGGCAACAAGACGACAUCCAACUUCUCCUCAACCUCCUCACCCAGAUCAUCGUCGCUGCCCCCGAAUCGCUGUCUAAAUCGCUCCGACAAUACUAUACUGUUCUUGCAGAAUUAAGCAAUACAUCGAACGCUGAUAAGGCAACCCUCGAGGUUGCCUCCAAGGCUGUACUUGUGCCACUCGAAGCCAUUUCCGGGAACGGUAAUCCUCCCCAGCCGCAAUUUCACAUGUGCCGGCUCGCUAAUAGCCAAGCAGAGCUCCGUCUAUCGGCCGCCUACGAAGCCUUUUCGUUGUCAUUCUUGACCCGCGGCGACCUGUAUUUGGUAGAACAGCACGCUCAAAUAUGUUCACGCAGCAUCGAUCUCGAACAUCUCGCAUCGGCAAUCUUAAAAACAUACCAGGACGGACGUAUAAACGGUGUCAGCCGGGACGAUCAAUUGUGGCUAUUGGCGCAUUUUAUUGGUCUUCAUCAGGGGACUGGAGCCAACUCACAAGGGCGCAACCACUUGAACGCAUUGCACCUUCAACUCUCGAGUUUGUCCGCGGACGUCAGUCUGAGGCUUCCUGCAAAACCUGCCGAUUCUAGUUCAUCAAAUGCGGACUCAGACGGCAUUGAAGAAUCGCUCAAGCCCUUACCCACCUACGUUGCCCAGCGUCUUACCUCCUUGGUAGACAGAGACGGCAUCUCAGCUCUGCUUGCUGAACUAACGACUAACUUUGGCUCACGUUCCACGAGUUCAGAAAUCGAAAGUGCAAGCCUGCUCUCCGGGUACAUCCUCACUCUUCUUCGAUGCUUUCCGCACCACGGCGACGAGAUCCGUAUGCGUCUAUUCCUGGGAGAUAUUCCUUCGGGUGCGGGCAAUGUGCCGACCAUCAAGUUCCUAUGGCAGGCUAUGAGCCAGACAGGCAUUUACAGACAAAUCUUGCGGGAUUCCGCUUCCGUCAUUGGCCUGUUGCGGAGUUACCUUUCGAAAUCGAAGCCUGCGGACGCCUCGCAAGAGCAGGAGUGGAGGCUGGUGUUACUUUUCCUCGAACUGUACAUUUUUAUCCUUCGCCUGAGCGAUGAUGAAGACUUCUUCAGCAGCAUCUUCCCUGCGCUGCUGAAGGGCGACGAGCAACCCUCUCGCCUACGAUCUUGCGGACUUUCGCUUGAGGAAGUCAAGGGCCUCACCAUUGUUCUUAAGCACCUCGCAUUCACGUUGCAUUAUAACACCCAAGAUAUUCAACAGGGCAUCCAGGACUCCGAGCCGAUUUCGAUGACCCAGCUCGAGUCUUACUUUGGCAACAGCGCGACCAAGACGCUGAAAGAGGCAAAAACAAAUGCUACAAAGUCUAGUUCGUCGGACACACGACUCGACAUGGGUAGCCUUAGGAGCAUCGUCACUACCGCACUCCGACUUUUGUACGAGCGAGACUCGAGGCGACCGUUCUUACCGCGUGAACAUUGGCUCAUGACAUCGAAGUUUGACAUGGAGGGUUUCGUUAGCGCCGUUGUUGCCGAACAGGAGAGGCAAAAUGAGAUGUCCGACUCUAGUGACGACGAAGACGGCGAUGUCGAUGAGGACGCGAAUAUUGGGGGCAGCUUCAUCCACACUAUCGCUGGGCAGCGGGUGUCGCGUCACGCCCAAAUCGAGAAGCUCCGAGCUCAACAGCGAAAGGCGCAGAGAGACCGUCUACUUGCUGUUAUUGGGCCGAAGUUGGAAAUUUUGAGACACAUGCCUUUUGUCAUUCCUUUCGAUACCCGUGUCCAGAUUUUCCGGCAGUUCGUCUAUCUCGACAAACACAAGCGUCGGGAGGGCAUGGAUCCCGACCAAUGGAGGAUGAACUUUCUUCACAACCCCCUGAGAUCUCCUGGCAGAGGCCCUGCUGGACGCCACCACGGCAAGAUCAGGAGAGGCCAAGUGUUCCAAGACGCCUUUGAGCAAUUCUAUGAGCUUGGAGAAGGCCUCAAAGAGCCAAUACAAAUCCAGUUUGUUGACCAGUUUGAUACCGUUGAAGCAGGUAUCGAUGGAGGCGGAGUUACCAAGGAAUUUCUUACAAGCGUUACCUCCGAGGCAUUUGCUCAGAUGGAUGGCAUAUCGCUGUUCACUGCCAACAACCAAGGCCUGCUGUACCCCAAUCCAACCGCCAUGGAUGAGCUCAAAGAAGCAUUGAGACAAGCUGGCGUUCCACCACAGUCUGAAGAUUGGAAAGAUGCAGUACAAGAUCUGUUGCGGCAGUUUGAGUUCUUGGGUCGGAUUGUGGGCAAAUGCAUGUACGAGGGCAUCCUCAUUGACAUUGCAUUUGCCGGAUUUUUCCUGCUGAAGUGGAUCUCGGGCCAGACAGGGGAAAACAGCUACCGAGGAAACGUCAACGACUUAAGAGACCUUGACGAGGAGCUUUACCAGGGCAUGUUGCGGUUAAAGAACUUCAGGGGAAAUGUGGCAGACCUGUCAUUGGACUUCACCAUCACAGACCAAGUCUCACUGCCGGGACAGCCGGUGCGAACCGUUUCGAGGAAUCUCAUCCCCAACGGUGAAAACGUUAAUGUCACCAACGACAACCGGCUGUUAUACAUAUCCUACGUUGCCCGCCAUCGCCUGGUCGCCCAACCCUCACAGCAGACAGCCGCCUUCCUCCGAGGCCUUCGCUCCAUCAUCGCCCCCUCGUGGCUCUCUAUGUUCAACCAGAACGAGUUGCAGCGCCUCGUCGGCGGCGACAGCUCCGAGAUCGACAUCGAGGACCUGCGCAGGAACACGAUCUACUCGGGCCUGUACGAGAUCGGCGACGACGGGCUGGAACACCCGACCAUUCAGCUCUUCUGGAGGGUCAUGGCCAAGUUCUCCGAUGGCGAGCGCCGGGACGUGCUCAAGUACGUCACCAGCACGCCGCGGGCCCCGCUACUGGGCUUCUCGCAGCUGAGUCCGCGGUUCAGCAUCCGUGACGGCGGCGAGGAUCAGGAAAGACUGCCGUCCACCAGCACGUGUGUGAACUUGUUAAAGCUGCCGCGUUACAAGGAUGAGGAGACGUUGAGGAAGAAGCUCCUGUAUGCCGUCUCUUCGGGAGCUGGGUUCGACCUCAGUUAA